AUGAAAAAUGAAAAUAUAAAUUCAGAUAAAUGUUUGAAUCAAAAGAAGCACGUUAUUAAAACAAAUCGAAAUACACUUGCAAAUACAAAUCAACAUUUACAUCCAAAAGAACGUUUAAAUAAAAUUGAACAUAUGGAAGCAGAUCAUAUAAGACAUGUGAAUAAAAAUGAAACUGUAAAUUCAGAUAAAUGUUUAAAUAAAAAGCAUGUUAUUAAUACAAAUCGAAAAAUGCAUAUGGAUGCAAAUCAACAUCUACAUUCAAAUGAACUUUUAAAUGAAAUUGAAAAUAUUAUUGAAUUAAAUAGAAAUAAGUAUGCUAAUCCACAUGAGCAUUUAAUUAUGAAUAUUGAAAAUAAUCAUGCUGAACAUGAAAAUAGGGAAAGAAAGAAAAACCAGGACAUUAAAUUAGAGCUUCAAAAUCAAUGUAGUCGACGUGACCAACAGCUGCUCAAAUGGGUUGAAAAACAAGACAAUAUAAAUCAAAAUAUACUUGAAUUAACCAGAAGGCAAACUGAUUCAGCUGAAAAACAAAAUCUUAUACGCAAUAAAAUAGUUGAUUUAAUUCAAAAACAAAAUAAUUCAGCUGAAGAUGUGAAAAAAUUGAUUGAAUCAUUUGGUAUUAUUGCUCACAAGUUGGUCGACAAAAAAACUUAA